AUGCACGUUAUCAAACAGUAUUUGGGAUUUGGUGAGGCUAUGCCCGGGCGCGAUAGCACUGCCGGAGGGAUCGGCCCUAGCGGCCUUGAAAACACCUACAACAACUGCUACUGCAAUGCCGUCCUACAGGCGCUUUACCCGAUUCACGCCUUUCGGGACAGGGCGGUCAGGCUAUCGCAAUCGGAGGCGGAGAUUUCCAGCGCCUUGGGGCAGCUCUACGAGCGCUGCACUGGAUUGAACGGCGUGCAAUCGCCGAAGAAGCUUCUGCAGAAGAUAUGCAAGAAGAAUGAAUACUUCGUUUUGGGAGACCAGCAGGAUGCGCACGAGUUCCUUACGUACCUCAUCAACACGAUGAUGGACGAAAUAAAGGCGCUGAACAAUGGCGACCAACCGAGUGGCGGCGCUGGUAACGAUUAUUCCCGUCAUAGGGGCGGUGACGGGGGGAGUGGUAGGGACCUCGCUGGAAAAUGUCGUGCUCCGGAGAUAACAUCCCAGAAGGAACAAAAAAGCGAACGCACCUGGCUAAGCCGCCUAGUGGAGGGUUCACUGAAGUCGGAAACAACGUGUGACGGUUGUUUGACGGUGACCGGGACGUUGGAGCCGUUUAUCACGCUAUCAGUGGACAUCUUCGAGAACUGCGACAUCGCCUCCUGCAUACAGCAGUAUUGCGCGCCAGAACGACUGACAGGGAAGAACCAGUUCUACUGCGACAGAUGCCGGGAGUACACGGACGCUUCAAAGCGUGUGGUCUUCGAGAAGCUGCCGCCGAUAUUCAUUGUCCACCUCAAGCGCUUCAGGUACACAGCUGUCUCUCCGAACGAGUCGUACAGCGCAAUGUACGACUCGUUCGAGCGGCUACCGUACCCCGUCAUCUCCAACCGCAGAGUUACGUUGCAAAGCAGGAAGCAGCGCUCCACCGUUGUGUAUGAGUUGUUUGCAGUGGUGAACCACGUGGGCACCUCGCCCAGCUACGGACAUUACAACGCAAUUACGGAGGUCGACGGACGCUGGUACUGUUGCGACGACUCAUCGACCGUCCGCGUGUCCGACGUCAGCUAUGAGCUGGGUGACGAGCAGAGUGGCGGCAACUCGAACAGCUACAUCCUAUUCUAUCGCAUGACAGCGCUUGCUGAUCGUCAAUUAUAA